AUGGCUCCUACACGACCAAGAAAGCAGGCCUCGAGCGAGUCGAGCGCUUCGCAGAAGAAACACGCGACAUCCAGCGGCUCCGAUACCCCUUCAACACCACAACGAACUCCCAUCAUCAAGAAGAAACAGACGGGAAUCACCUUGCAGCAGAAGCAAGCCUUGAUCGAGAACCUGCGACUAGAAAUCACUGAGCGAGCCCGCAGAUUACGCGCCCAGUAUCAUCUCCAGGCGCAGGGCCUCAGGUCGCGAAUUGAGAUACGUCUCAACCGGAUCCCAACUGCACUCAGGAAGGCCACUAUGGGCGACCUACUCCUCAAAUACGCAGAUCAGGCGCAAGGAGGGCCCAGCCGCCCGCUACCGCAGCCUGUCAAAGAUCUGCCUAUACUUCCAAGUCCUCAAAAGCCUAUCCACCAAACCACUCGCGCGCCACAGGUUGGACGCGCCCAGAAGCGGUUGAGCAAUGAAAUCGCUAUGGAUAAAGAGAAUGAGCUUCAAAAAGGCGAGCGCCCUAAGAAGAGGGCUCGCGGCGAGGAUGGUGGCUUGGUUCACCCAGCACAGGUUUUGUCACCUACCUCGUCCAACUCUCGUUUGGCAAACCGCAGCCGCGCAACAUCCCCCACCAAGUCAUAUCUGUAUAAGUCCAGCUCUCCUCUGAAGGCUGGCAACUCAACUCGACCCACAACUGCCACAAAUCUGGGGACGCGUACGGGAGGGCUCAGAAAGGUCACUACAACAUCCAACUCAAGCUCGAGUUCCAGUGGAGCAACACCGGCAGCGGCAGCGCGGACAAGGCGCACCGCAACAGCCGUGCCUACUGGCCUCCGAGCUAAGCCCGGAGCUCGAACGACGCGCAAGGCUAGCGACAAUACCGAAUCGAGUGAUGGAAGCGCAAAUACAGUGCUUCACAAGCCUGCAGGAAAGGGCAACAGUGCAAUUACAAGAAAACCUGUCCCGGGGAGUGCGAAGAAACCCGCUUCGGGAGGGAUAGUGAAGUCAACAGCGAAGGCAGGGACUGCUGUGUCUACCACUACUACCGGAAGAACAUUGAGGAAGAGAGGAUGA